AUGCUCCCGUCAUUAGCUUCCCCGGCAGAUCGCCAGCCGAAUACCUCGAAAGGUAAGAGAUGGCAUCUAGAAGCGCUAGAGAUGACCGACCCUCGAGAGCAGGAGCAAGUUCGCAACAUGCUAGAACGUCUUAGCGAAGAGUUUACCCCGAUGCGCAACCCUGGGAAAUAUCGCGCUAAAUUGUCGAUCGAGAGACACCUGAGGGACCGUAUCGAGGAGUUCCCGUUGUUUAUUCGCACUAGCUUCGCUGCCGACGCGGACAGAGCCAUCGGGCUUCUAUAUCAGGUCUUUAUCAAAGGACGGAACAUUUGGCUGAAGAAACAGGAUUCUUUGGCAGCAGCGGCUGGAUUCUCAGUCUAUCGCCCAAAACGUUACCGCUCUGGACGGAGGCAACGUCGCCACGAGUUAGAGUCUAACGGUAACAAAUUAUCAAGCAGUAACGAAAGAUCUCGAUCUCCAAUAUCUGAUAGGUGCAAACGUUUCCGGCGCCACCGUACCCGCCGCAACCAGAAGAGGCGCGCCAUUAGCCCUAACGGCCAAAGUCUAAUAUCCGAUCUUACCGACUAUGAUCGUCGCAUACAUUCCGAUAGCGAUAUUUUCAUAGGCGGAUUAGCUGAAAUAUCUCGCCGAUUCUCUCUGGCCCGUGCUGUACCCUUUUCCGCUGUUUUACCUCAUACUUCUACCGGAUCGUACAUUCCGUCUAUCGACAUUUAUGUCCGCCGUAAAGGGAACCCUACCAUUAUCGGGGAGACGUUGCAGUUCCUUCAGGACGAAUGUCAUUUCCGCCCGGAAUAUGAGGAGAUUUGGCCACUGGACCCGAAUGGGAGCCCGAUGAGACCAGUCUCCUCUCUCUAUCGCCUGCAGUUUGUGCUUCUGAAGGCUACGGGGGCCGUCCAGGUCUUCGAGAUCCGGCCCAAGAUCUCCCUAGACCCCCUCGAAAGCUUUUUGCCACGGAUAGACCUUUCCGCCCCUAGAUCAGACGAUUUCCCACCCCGUUCUAAUUCGAAUACCGGGCGCCGCGGAGAAGAUUCCCUCUCCCUACCUCCUUGCUCUGAUAGGCAGGCUAGUAUGCCUACCGGUAAGGAGUUCUCUGUUGCCGAAUCCGAGCCGCUAUUUGACGAGCAGCUUCCGCGCGCCACUGUUAAAGAGUCAACCAGAGAAGUACCUAACGAAUCUGCUUUCGACCCGCAUCCGCAGACUCCCGUCCUAAAAAUUACAACAGUUCUUAAGGUUGGGCCCGUACUGCCCCUGAAUCGCGUGGAACCGAUGCCUCCGACUGCAAAUCCUGCACGAACAGACGAAUCCUACAAUGUAAUUACAACCGCCAGUGACAGGGGCAGCGAGCCCGACCACGAGAGCGAUAAAGAUAUCGCAAGCAUUAUUGACGACCUAGACGGCAAGGAAAAGAUCUUGAUGUUUAACGACACGUUACGUUGCGAUAACUUCGACCCGGAGAUUGAAAUUGCGCUGCAGCGAGCCCGCGACCAGCCAUCCUCCCAGCCAGACUAUCAAGCCUGCGGACAUGAUCACGAUCUUCCCAUUCGGUGUCCCUGUCGACCGUCUGCGAAGAAUUAUGUCCUCUCCCAGGUCCGCAAGGGCGCGAACUACAUCUUUGUCGACGCCAGCCUUAUUGCGACCUGGUACAAUGAGUGGAAGUUAAUUGUUGAUACAAAGGACGCUCACAUCCGCGAUAUAGUUUUCGUUUUAGGAUACCGGGAUUCCUACCGAAGUCUCCCGACCCGUUUCGCUAACUUUAUGAGUCGGACUCGGAGACUUCUCCCGGAUCCUACAAGGAAGGCUCCGGUAUGGAAGACCAGCCAUCGUAUCACGAUCGGCCGGACAUUUCGCGACAAGUGUUAUAUUACGCUCCCGCGUACUGGUUUCUGUCCGCGACACCCUGCACGUCGUCCCCGGCAAAUCUGGCAGCAUUUAUGCGUCUUACUGAAACCCAGCAGUGGCGGGCUGAUCCCUUUACGUGAUACCUGUCUCGGCAAUAUCUAUAGCGCCAUGCACACGGUAAACCGCGGCACCUUAAAAGUAAAGCUAAACAGUAUGACGCAAGCCAUCCGCAUCUGCGCGACUUUUUCCGGUCUGCUCUGCCAUGCCAAGCAGCAGGGAAAGGCCAUUACGGACAUUCCCACCACGAUUGAUACGGUAUUCCGUGGUUCGUCCCGCUGGGUCGCGGUUCAGCGGAUUAUCGACGGCCUAGGUAUCGAAUCCGAUACCGGCCAACCGCGCAAGAUCGUGAUUCUGUUGCAAUAUCCGACCGUAACAAUAGAUAAGUUCCAAGAGCUGCCGACAGGAGCUACUUUUACUUACAAAAACGAGCCUGCCCGCAGUCCCGGUAUUUUCGUAACUACAACUAACAUUUCUUCCCGUAAGCUGACUCUUAUUCGCGCCGCAAGCCUAAUCCUUAUGGAGGUGGACUGGCGCAGUACGAACCACACGCAGGCCUUUGGCCGCAUCCGCAGAAUCGGUCAAACAAGUCCAGUAGUCUACAACUAUAUCUUUCAGAACACUCAGGAAGAGGAAGAUCAACGCGCUAUCCUCAAAAAUAUGGCGAGACAGGCCCUCGAAAAGACGGUCAAUACAUACGGGCAAAAGGGAUCUCCUUCCGGUCA